AUGGUCGGAAUUUUGCAGUCUCAGCCCUUCAAUGUUGGAUUUCGUUCCCUCUUCUCUGCAGAAAGUAACUAUGUUCAGAAUACCGUAAUCUAUAUAUCAUCACCAGGCCAAAUUAAAUGUUUUAGUUCUUCAAUCCAUCAGAGACUGCCUCAGGUUACAGGUGAUUGCAGAAGCAAAACCAAGGUUUUUGUACGGAGGAGGAAAAGGGCAAAUGAGAGAACAGAAACUUAUGUGUUAUUAGAACCAGGGCAAGAUGAGAGGUUUGUUUCUGAGGAAGAGUUGAAGGCAACGUUGAAAGAGUUGUUGGAAAAUUGGCCUGGCAAGGUUCUUCCUCCUGAUCUUUCAAGAUAUGAGGACAUUGAUGAAGCUGUUUCUUUCUUAGUGAGAACUGUUUGUGAACUUGAAAUUGAUGGAGAGGUUGGCUCAGUUCAAUGGUAUGAAGUCCGGUUGGAGUGA